AUGCAGCGUUCACUAGCCAAGAACUUGUGUCACCAUCUUGUCAGGCACCAAAGACGAGUCCCAACCCCUCAAAACCCAUGCGACGUUUUCAUAAAUCAUCGAGGAAUUGAUACCAAGAAGAAUGUUGCAGGUCUGAUCUAUGAUGAUCUAAUCAGGAUGAAGCUGCGCCCUUUCUUGGACAACAAGAGCAUGAAGCCUGGGGAUAAGCUGUUUGACAAAAUCGAUUCCGCAAUUAUGAACUGCAAACUGGGGAUCGCCGUCUUCUCCCCACGAUAUUGCGAAUCCUACUUCUGUCUCCAUGAGUUGUCUCUCAUCAUGGAGUCCAAGAAAAGGGUCAUUCCAAUAUUUGUGGACGUGAAACCCUCGGAGCUUCGGGUCACAAAUGGAGUUUGUCCACCCAGAGAGGUGGAACGGUUCAGCUGGGCGCUUCAAGAAGCCAAAUACACGGUCGGAUUAACUUUCGACACGGUUCAUGGGGACUGGUCGGACUUUGUAAAGAAUGCUUCAGAUGCAGUGAUAAAGAACUUGUUGGAGCUAGAAAGAGAAUGGCCAGUGCAGAAUGGAAAGACAAGCCGAAUGCUCUGA